UGUACUCUCAUAUGACAUUUUGCUUCUUUAACUAACUUGGUGUUGUUUUGUUGGCACAGUGGCUACAUGUCUCCAGAAUAUGCAAUAGAUGGGACCUUCUCAGUAAAAUCAGAUGCGUUUAGCUUUGGCGUAUUGGUGUUAGAGAUUGUGAGUGGCAAGAGAAAUAGAGGAUUUGUCCAUCAAGAUCACAACCUUAACCUUCUCGGUCACGCAUGGAAGCUUUACAAAGAGGAUAGGUCCUUGGAACUAGCUGAUGAGCAUCUAACUGAUUCUUGCAAUAUUAUUUCUCAAGUUUUAAGGUCAAUCCAAGUGGGUUUAUUAUGCUUCCAACAACAUCCUGAUGAUAGACCAAGCAUGUUUUCUGUGGUUCAGAUGUUGACUAACGAGAGCCCACUGCCAAAAGCAAAAGAACCUGGAUUUUUAACAGAGCGAAAUCUAUUUGAUGAAGCAAAAUCAGGAUCACAGACAAGCAGUUCAAAAAAUGAAUUCACAAUCACAUUGUUAGAUCCUUGGUAGGUGCGACAGAAUAACUAUUUAACUUGGGAGAAAAUGAAUAGGCAAAAUUACAUUAGAACUUUGGUUUAUUGUGAAAU